AGGUUCAAAUUGUAUCAGAAUCUCUUUGGAUUUUUUGGUUUUUGCCUUUACUGGCAGCCAUCAUGAGUUUUGCCGACAUUCUGGACAACCUGGGAGGAAUGGGGCAUUUUCAAAAAAUGUCCGUAGCGUUCCUGGCUAUUCCACUCUUGAUGCUGGCCUCUCACAACCUUCUACAGAAUUUCACAGCUGGAGUCCCCGAACAUCAUUGCCAGAUUCAUAUCACAGCCAAUUACACCCGUUAUGCCAAUGCUACCACCAAAGAAUUGGGAACUGAAGACCUCAUUAGGAUCGCCAUCCCUCUGAAUGAGAAAGGGCAGCCAGAGAAGUGUCGGCGGUUUGUCUCCACUCAGUGGGGGCUUCUUGACACGAAUGCCACCACUGUGAAUGACACAGUGGUGGAUACUGAACCAUGUUCUGAUGGAUGGACAUAUGACCGGAGCAUGUUUCCCAGCACCAUAAUCAGUGAGUGGGAUUUGGUGUGCGACUCCCGGACUCUGAGGCAAAUGGCUCAGUCCAUCUACAUGGCUGGAGUGCUGGUAGGAUCUGUGCUGUUUGGUGGUCUGUCAGACAGGUUUGGCCGGAAAGCCCUCAUCAUCUGGUGCUACAUGCAGAUGGGGGUGUCUGGUGCCUGCACGGCCUUUGUGCCAAACUUUACCGCGUACUGUAUCCUCCGCUUCCUGAGUGGAAUGGCCAUGUCGGGGAUUUCUCUCAACUCUGUCUCACUGUGUAUGGAGUGGAUUCCAACCAAAUAUCGUGCUAUUGUUGGCACUAUCAAUGGUUACUGCUACACCAUUGGACAAUUCAUCCUGGCUGGAAUGGCAUAUGCCAUCCCCAACUGGCGCUGGCUGCAACUCACUGUCUCACUGCCGUUCUUUGUAUUUUUUCUUUAUUCCUGGCUGUUCAUUGAGUCAGCACGCUGGCUAGCAAUUUCAGGGCAGCAUGAGCGGGCUGUGAAAGGCCUGAAGAGAGCUGCCAGGGUCAAUGGAAGAAAGAAAGAAGGAGAUGAACUCAGUGUGGAGGUUUUGAAAUCCAACAUGCAAAAGGAGAUGUGCUCCUCGAAAUCUAGCCACAAUAUGACUGACCUGCUGCGGACACCUGGAAUUCGCAAAGUCUCCUGUGGGGUUUCCCUUGUCUGGUUCUCCACCAGCUUUGCCUAUUAUGGGCUAGCUAUGGACCUGCAGAACUUCGGUUUCAACAUCUAUAUAACCCAGCUGAUCUUUGGUAUCGUAGACUUCCCAGCUAAAUUCAUCUCCGUGAUGACCAUCACAUUUGUGGGCCGCCGGUUUUCACAGGCUUUGUCUCUCAUCUUGGCUGGGCUGUGCAUCUUGGCCAAUAUCUUCGUGCCUCAAGAUCUGAGCAAUCUGCGCAUGACAUUUGCUGUGAUUGGCAAGGGCUCACUAGCAGCCUCAUUCAACUGUGCCUACAUCUUUUCUGGAGAGCUUUUCCCAACUGUGAUCAGGCAGUCAGGAAUGGGCCUCGGUGGCACCAUGGCCCGGGUGGGCAGCAUGAUAGCCCCUCUGGUGAAGAUAACGGGAGAAUUUUUCCCACCCCUGCCACUAAUAAUCUAUGGAGGAGCACCCAUCAUUUCUGGCAUUGCCGCUUGUUUCCUUCCUGAGACCAGGAAUGUCCCACUGCCAGAGACAAUUGAGCAGGUGGAAUUACGGUCAAGGCCCAGCCAAGAAGAUGAACUGCAAAUGAAGGUUCUUCUCCCCUCCACCAAGCCUGACCCAGACAAAAACAGCAGCUAAGCAAAAGAAACACAGGACUUCCCUGACAACCUCUGCCUGAUGCUGGCCUGCUUAUGAGCACCAGAGUUCUGUCACACUUCAGCCCCUUCCCCCGAGUCUCUAAAAUGUCUGACUGGGGCAGAUGUGUCUAAACAUACAUGCUUCUAGGCCGCAUCUGUAAAAUGUCAUGUAUGCACAUGAAUAUAGAAAGCUUUCCUUUCCACCCCACCCCUCCCCAUCACAAUGAAACGUGGUUGAAUGUGCGUGAGUUGCUGCAUUCUGCAGUAGGCGCAGCCAGAUCCAUUGUGACACUGUGAAAUUGUGAGAAGCAUUUUUAAUGUAUUUUAAGACAAAGAAAAACACCCUGCUUCUGAAACUGGAGUAGGACAGGCUGCAGCAGGAUAAAUGAUCAGUACGGAGAAUAGAAGAGACUGCAGAGAAGCAUAAUUUGGGGGGAAAGUUGCUUAUGUUUGGGGAGUUACAAAUAUACAAGAAGUCCAUUUUUUAGUAUGUGAAAUGGGUAUGAGGUUAUAAGAGAUCCAGUGUAGUGUAGGGGUUAGAGUAGAGGACUAGAAUCUGGGAGGCCCAAAUUCAAAUUCCUUCACAGUCAUGAAAACUCACUGGGUUGCCUUGGGCCAUCACUCUGUCUUGGCUUAACCUACCUCACAGGGUUGUUGUGAGGCUAAAAUGGGAGAAGGGAGAACAAUGUUGUAAGCUGCUUUGGGUCUCUCCACUGGGCAGAAAAACAGAGUAUAAAUAUAAAUCAAUUAGUGCCAAAGAACUAAAGACCGCCACGCUCUGAAUACUGAAAGUUCUCUUAAUUCUAUUGAUAUAUUGGUAUAUUGAUAUAAUGCUAUUACACUGCUGAUUAAAAAUUUACCAGGGGAAACCACUGUGUGGAAGCCACGAUGCCUCUGCCCUGUAUUAGCAGCCGCAGCUGCAGGGAAACUACAUAAGCUUGUCUGUGUGUGGAUAACAUCAUAGUUCCAAAGUGGAGCGCAUCAUCAAUGCCCGUUGGAAUCCUGUGUGUAUUGAGGUACAGUGUGGAUGGAGAGAAGCGCCCCACAACUGAUGCACUUAUUUCCCCAUUUCAGGAACUGAAACAUAUUAAAAAGGAAUGAGUACACUGAUCAUCUGAUUCUGUUACAUUUUAAAUUAUUCCAUGCUUAUAGAACAAAUAUUCGUAUGUUACCUUGUUCAGCCUCGUGUCUGGUCUGUGCCUCAUGGAGCCUCCAGCUUAGAGAUGGAGCUUUUGCUCAAGGUCCGUGGCCCCUCUCAGCCCCUAAUGUUUAGUCAGCUUUAUACCACUAAUAAGUGUAUACCACUAAGUCCCUGGCUGUUUCCAGAUGGCUUACCUGAAGCCGCUCCAUGCUACAAUGUUGUGGAUCAUGCCGGAGAUGGCUUCAGGUAAGCCAUCUGGAAACGGCCCCUGUUCAAUUAACAGAUCUUCCUGGAUGGCCUGGUACAAGUUGUAAUAACAAUGUGCUUACAUACUGCCCUUCUGGACAGAUUAGUGCCCACUCCCUAACCUACCUCACAGGGUUGUUGUGAGGAUUAAGAAAUAAAUAAAGAUAGACGUAUGAA